AUGCGCUCCAGUCCAGAAUUCGGCCCCAACAUUCCAGAACGUGCGUACUCAAGGUUUGAUGAUUACAAGGCUAUGAGAUAUCUGCUACGGCUAAGUGUCAGAAUAAGCCCUGUUUCCAGCGAGGAAGAUACAGCCGGUCAGUCAAAAUAUGAUUUAGACGCGAAUAAAUUGGAUUAUGUUACCGAGGAAAAACCUCAAUGGACAGAUUCUCUCAUUACACUUUUUGAAGAGCAGAGUGAGCAAGGCUAUAACUACACCCAAAUCUCCAAAUUUUUCCAUGAAACAGUGCCAGGAACUGAACCAGAGAGUUACAUUGAAUAUUCAGUUGUCAACGACCUUUUGUAUAUAGACUAA